AUGAGUUCUAUUUUUAAGCGACUUUCAGCACGUAAACCUAUUCACAGUGUUUCCGAGGAGGUAAAUACCUCGGAAUACAAACGACCACUAACGGCGUUUGAUUUGACUAUGCUGGGUGUCGGCGCAAUCAUGGGUGCAGGCAUCUUUGUGCUUACCGGCAAAGCAGCUAGAGAGAAUGCUGGCCCAGCAAUUAUCUUGUCGUUUGUUAUCUCUGGUUUUGUGUGUGCGUUUGCAUGUUUAUGUUAUGCCGAACUUGGAUCGACUCUGCCAGUAUCUGGUUCCGCAUACUCGUUUACUUAUGCCGCACUAGGAGAAGUACUGGCUUGGAUUGUUGGAUGGGAUCUUAUGUUGGAGUACCUUGUCGGUGCCGCAGCUGUUGCUGUUGGCUGGACUGGAUACCUAGAUAUCAUUCUUGGCGGAUUUGCGGGUCGCGAACGCUUGUUUGAUCCUCGCUUUUUUCCUGCAUUUAUCAUUGUCAUUGUCCUGUCUGCGCUACUCUGUAUGGGAAUUCGUGAAAGUUCGUGGCUCAAUAAUACACUUGUUUUCCUGAACUUGACUGUAUGCAGUGUCUUUAUCUUGUCAGGAAUCAAGUUUAUCAACCCAGCCAACUACUCUCCAUUUAUACCCCCAGAGCAAGGUCACGGCCAUUAUGGUAUGAGUGGUGUUUUCCAAGGAUCAAUUACAGUAUUCUUUGCAUAUAUUGGAUUUGAUGCUGUUACAACCACUGCACAAGAAGCUGCCAACCCACAACGCGAUUUGCCCAUUGGUAUAUGUGCUUCAUUGGCAAUUUGUACUGUUUUCUAUGUUGCAGUGUCUGCUGUAUUGACUGGCAUGGUACACUACAGCACAAUUGAUCUGACUGCACCUGUUAGUCAAGCUCUUAUUGAUGUUGGCAUGCCUGUGCUUGCCGUUAUCAUUUCUUGCGGCAUUCUCAGCGGUCUCUCAUCUGUGCUGUUGGUGUCUUUGAUUGGUCAGCCUCGUAUCUUUUACUCGAUGGCGUACGACGGACUAUUUCCGGCAGUAUUUGCUACAAUGGAUCAAAAGAAGGGCAUUCCAUAUGUUGCCACCAUUGUAUCUGGCAUUGUCUGUGCGUUCCUUGCUGGCUUGCUUCCUGUAGAUCUUCUUGGUAAUCUCACAUCUGUAGGCACACUUUCUGCCUUUUUCCUUGUUUCUGUGUCUACACUGGUUUUGCGUAUCACCGAGCCAGAUCUUCCCCGCAAAUUUGAGAUUCCUGGUGGAUUCUGGUUUGGAGGCAUUUUCAUUCCCUUCCUGUCGGCCUUUUUCUCAGCUGGACUUUUCUCACAAGCUACUGUUGCAUCAAUUGGUCGUGUGUUCAUUUGGAUGGCAGUUGGGUUGGUACUGUAUGCUUGCUAUGGGUAUCAUCACUCGAAGCUUGGCCGACAGAUGAGUGGUAAGAUGACUCUUUCCAUGGAUACAAAGAUUCGCGAGUUCAAGGUGUAA